AUGGCGCGGCGGGAAGAUGGCGGCGUCGCUCUUAACGGCGUCGCCACAGCCUCGGCUGCGAGGCUCCGCAGUAGCAGGAGGGCUACCCCGCUCGGCUCCGUCGCGCCUUGUCGGGUUGUGCUGAGCCCCCCUCCCGGCCUCGACUUCUCCCUGCGUGGCAGCGGGAGCCCCGGCACCGGCUCUGCAGGGGAAUAUCAGCGGGUAAAUGUUCCUGAAGACCUAGCAGACAAGUUGCUCCUUGCAAGUUGGAGUCUUCCCAAAGCAGUUCUGGACAAAUACCACAGUCUUGGAGUAGUACAGAUGUUUGAAUGGCAAGCAGAAUGCCUAAUGCUCGGACAAGUUCUGGAAGGGAAGAACCUGGUUUACUCAGCUCCUACCAGUGCUGGAAAGACUCUUGUUGCAGAAUUACUUAUUUUGAAGCGAGUUCUGGAGACUCGUAAGAAAGCUCUUCUUAUCCUUCCCUUUGUCUCUGUGGCCAAGGAGAAAAAAUGUUAUCUGCAGGCUCUGUUUCAGGAGGUGGAUGUGAGAGUUGAAGGUUACAUGGGAAGCAUGUCUCCUGCUGGACGUUUCUCUGCCCUGGAUGUUGCUGUCUGCACCAUUGAGAAAGCCAACGGUCUAAUCAACAGGCUAAUAGAAGAAGACAAAAUGGACUCACUGGGAGUGGUGGUUGUGGAUGAGUUACACAUGCUGGGAGACUCUCAUCGAGGAUAUCUGCUGGAACUCCUUCUGACCAAAGUUAGAUAUGUCACAGAGAAGGUUGCAAAACGACAGGCGAAGAUGACCAGUCCUGGGUUUAGUGGGAUACAGAUAGUAGGCAUGAGUGCUACCCUCCCUAACUUGGGGCUCCUAGCCUCAUGGUUAGAUGCAGAGCUCUACUGUACAGAUUUUCGCCCUGUGCCUCUCAAGGAGUGGGUGAAAAUUGGCAGCAACAUUUAUGACUCCUCCAUGAAUUUAGUGCGUGAAUUCCAGCCCAAGCUUCAGCUGAAGGGAGAUGAAGACCAUGUUGUGAGCCUCUGUUAUGAGACUGUUUGUGAUGGCCAUUCAGUCCUGCUUUUCUGUCCGUCCAAGAACUGGUGUGAGAAGCUGGCAGACAUCAUUGCCAGGGAAUUCUACAGUUUGCAACAGGCUGAGAGUUCUGCGAAAAACUCAGCCUGUGCCCAAACUGUUGUGGCUAGAGAAGGGAUUGAAGAGGUUCUGGAUCAGCUGAAACGUUCUAUCUCAGGCCUGGACUCUGUGCUCCAACGUACUUUGCCAUGGGGGGUGGCAUUUCAUCAUGCAGGUCUCACUUUUGAAGAACGGGACAUCAUUGAAGGAGCCUUCCGCCAGGGCUUGAUUAAGGUUCUAGCAGCCACCUCCACGCUCUCAUCUGGAGUGAAUUUGCCUGCACGCCGAGUAAUUAUACGUACGCCCAUGUUUGGUGGCAAACUGCUGGACGUUCUCACUUACAAGCAGAUGGCUGGAAGGGCUGGCAGGAAAGGAGUAGACACAGAGGGUGAGAGCAUUUUAGUUUGCAAGCCUUCAGAAAGAUCAAAAGGGACUGCUCUACUUCAGGGAUCUCUCAAGCCUGUUUGCAGUUGCUUGCUUAGAAGAGAAGGGGAAGGUGUUGCUUCUAGCAUGAAAAGAGCAAUACUUGAGAUCAUUGUGGGAGGAGUGGCCAACACUCCAGAUGAUGUGCACACCUAUGCUUCUUGCACUCUUCUUGCAUCCAGCUUAAAAGAAGACAAAAGGGUUCAUGAGAAAGCACAAGAUAAGGCACAGACUGGACCUAUUGAAGCUUGUGUGGCAUGGUUGCUGGAAAAUGAAUUCAUUCAGGUUCUGGACUCUGGCAAUGAUGUGGAAGCAAAGGUUUAUCAUCCAACUCAUCUUGGCUCAGCUACUCUUUCCUCUUCUCUUUCGCCAACUGAAGCCAUGGAAAUUUUUGCUGACCUGCAGCGAGCUAUGAAAAGCUUUGUUCUGGAGAAUGAUCUUCAUAUUGUCUAUUUGGUCACCCCGGUGUAUGAAGAGUGGACCACAAUUGAUUGGUACCAGUUUUUCUGCUUAUGGGAGAAGAUGCCUGCCUCAAUGAAACGUGUGGCCGAGUUGGUGGGGAUUGAAGAAGGCUUUCUGGCACGCUCUGUAAAGGGUGAAAUCAAAGCUAAAACAGAGAAACAACACAGACAAAUGGCCAUCCACAAAAGGUUUUUUACCAGUCUUGCCCUUCUGGAUUUAAUCAGUGAGGUUCCCUUGAAAGAUAUGACCAAGAAAUACGGCUGUAGUCGUGGCCAGCUUCAAUCCUUGCAGCAAUCUGCUGCCACCUAUGCGGGAAUGGUGACUAUUUUCUGUAAUCGACUGGGCUGGCACAACAUGGAACUGUUGCUCUCUCAGUUCCAGAGCCGCCUCACUUUUGGGGUUCAGAGAGAGCUUUGUGACCUGGUACGAGUGUCUCUGCUGAAUGCCCAGCGUGCUAGGAUGCUUUACAGCGCUGGAUUUGUCACCGUGGCCGAUCUUGCCAAAGCCAGUCCUGAUGAUGUGGCAACUGCUCUGAAGAAUUCAGUACCAUUCAAAAGUGCUCGGAGAGCUGUGGAUGAAGAUGAAGAAUCAGUAGAAGAGCGUCGGACUGUGCGCAGCAUCUGGAUGGCUGGAAUGAAAGGCUUAACUGAAAGAGAAGCAGCUUCCCUCAUUGUGGAGGAAGCCAGGGGACUUCUCCAGGAGGAUUUGGCACUGAUGGGAGUGCAAUGGAACCCAGAGUCUUUUCUUGAGACUGAUACAUCCUCUAUGAUCAGCAGUGAGUCAGAACUUGAGGAGAGACUACAUAGAUCAAGUGGAGAGCUGUCUUCUGAGUCUUCAAGGGUGUUCAGUAGAAAAUGGUGUAGAGUGCAAUAUCAUAAUGGCCUUGGUUUUCAGACUGGAAACUUAUUGAAUAUUAAAAAGGGAUAUAAAAGGAGACUAAGCAGUAGUACAGAAAACUCCAGACUUGAGAGUGAAGUCCUAGGCAGAAGACAGAUUGAAGCAGAAGGCGGCAAUGAUGAUAUUGUGUAUACCGCUAGGAAGCGGCCAAACAUGUGCAAAGAUAAUGAAAAUGCAGAAGGAAUUUCUCUGGGCAAAACCAAGACAGAUUCCACAAGAUCAGUUCCAUCGCUCCCUGCUGAACAAGUUAAAACACCGACACUGAGAUCAAAGUCUCCAGCUUCUAGAUUGGUAAAAAGUACGGGCAUGCAUUUAAAACGGACAAGGAACAAAAAUACUGCUUUGAAACUACAGAAAUCACUUCUUGAAGACUCAAAUAUGCUUGGCAUAGACAUACGAAAGCUGCCUGGUUUCCACCCCACCAACCCCACUGACAAUUUUUUUCCAGACCAAAAUAAUAAGGAAUUUAUGGACACAAGAUCUGUAACUCAUGAAGUCUCAAAUUCUGUACCGAUGAGGGAAAUCAAUCCUGGGAGGAAAGAUAAAAUGGAAGGGUUUUGUACAGAGCCUACCACCAGUUGUGAUGAAGGUAUGCCUAAGGGGAGAGUAUGUUUUCAGGCACCUGUUAGAAGACCGAAUACUCCACACCUCAAUGUGGAAACACAUAGUAUUGUAGGAAGUCUAGUAACACCUAGUAGUGCUGGGACACAGAGAAAUGAAUAUACUGAUGAUAAGCAGAAUAAAAUUAAUAAAAUUCAAGCAGAUGUGAGCUGUGCUGAGGUGAUGGUUGGUAAGCAGCAGAUGGCUUUGGGCACAGAUCAUUGUAAUGUAGUUUCUAGUUGCUCUGGAAGUAGAUGUGUCCAUCAUGGCAGCAGGAUACAGAAGCCUGUAUGUUUUUGUCCUGGGGAAGAUAAAUCCUGCUCUGUUCAGAUUCAGAAUAGUUACAAAAAUGGUAGUGAAAAGCCUAGUGGAAUAUUGUUACAAGCUGGAGUGCUGCAGAAAGUCAACAGUCAUCCUAAGGAUUUUGUGAAAGACUCUCUAAUAAAAUCCAGAGGUGUUUGUUAUGCAGAUGGUGUUCAGAAUGGUCCAUCCUCUGCUCUGUUUUCUGACUCUAGAGACUUUGAAGACAGCUUCCAGUUGGAUACUCAAACUGAGAUGAUAAUAAAACAGGAGGGAGCAGCUGGAAUCACAGGACAGCAGGGAAAACAAGGUUCAGAACUGGCAGCAAUACCACUGCAGGCAGUCUCUGAGAAACUAAGCACUUUGCGAACUGACAAUGCUGUUGCUGAAGGACUGGCUCCAACAGUUAGGAAACUGGGCUUAUCCAGUCCUGUCACAACAAAUAAUGUUACAAAAGACACAGCUCAGCACUACAGUAAUAAAGUUUUGGAUUCUGGAGGCCUUAAUUUACAGCCUGUAGCAAAUGAAAUAGAAUCUGCACUUUGCCUUAAAGAAAGCGACUUCUCAGUGACUGACUCCCAGCUACACAGUUUUCUACAAGAUUACCAGACCCAAAAUUCAAUGAAAGGAGAGAGUGUGUCUAAAGACUUUAAAAAAGCAACCCCACUUUCUGGUAGGGAACAUACUGUACAAGUAGAAUGCCACCCUGUACCUGAAACAAGCCUGAAUAUGAGUGAUAGCUUGCUGUUUGAUGAUAGCUUCAGUAAUGUCAGUGACCUUUCAGCUGUUCACAUCAUGGAAGCUGACAGAAAGGACCCUGUGGAGAAGCAAGAAGGUUUUCUUCCUCCAGAUGGUCUUUUGCAGAGCCUAAGGUCUGUUCAGAAUGAAAUUGACUUCCAUGGCAAUCAGAAAGAGCAUGAGGAUCCUGCUCAGUGUAAUAAUGUGUCUCUAGCAUUUUCUGAUCUAAUAGCUGAAGUUUUAGAUCAUGCAAACUCUCCGUCUUUUUUGGAACACCUUUCUUCUACAUGUUGUGGUCAGUCAGGAUUAAGAAAGCCCCCAGUGAUUUGUAACAAUGACUCCAGAUCAAAGGAUUUAUUAGGAGAUCAAGGUGAGAGGCUCCAGAGAAGCCAGCAAGCUUUAAACAAGAAAACCAAUCCAGUGGUGUGGACUGACCACUCUUUUGAACUGAGCCCAGCGUUGCAAGAUGUGUUAGACAAGUGGCCUAGUCCCUCAGGCAUUGAAGCAGUUUCAGCAAGCUGCUGUUUGAAAGGACAGUUAGUUGCUCCUAUUGCUAAUCAAGAGCCAGAUCUAGUUUUUGAAUCUGACCAUUGUCAGCCAGAGCCUAAUGGGCUUAUUCCUCCAACACCACCUGAAGAGCUUUUUCUAAAGAGUUCUGUUUCUCUGUCUGUGAAACCUUCAAGGAAGAGACAAGUUGCCUGCAUGAGCAAAGGGCAGCUGAUUCAGCCACAGCAGAGGAGAGGGGGCAAUGCAGAGCAGCCUGUAAAAACACUCCAGCUCAAUCUUGGUAGUGUAAACCCAAUUGAGACUGAUGAGAUAAAAGAUGAUUCCACUAUAGACCAAGGCUUUUCACUGCAGCUGUCUCAAGACGUGUUUCCACUCGUUCCCUUAAGUGCCGAAAGUUUCACUAUUAUUGAUGUAGCCAGCGACAAAUCACUGUUCCAGACUUUCAUUGCUGAAUGGAAGGAGAAAACCAGAUUCUCCAUCUCGGUGGCAUGUGAAAGAACAAAAUGCCUUUUGUCUCCCAAAUCAACAAUUGGUGGCAAAUUCAAAAAAGGUCAUUCUCCUCAGUGGAUGCAAGAUAAAGACGAUGGAUUUCGUGUCCAAGGCUGUGAAGACAUCUUAGUAGUUGGACUAGCAGUAUGCUGGGGUGGAAAAGAUGCCUACUACAUCUCUUUGCAGCAGAGACAAGACCAGACUGAAAUCAGUAUGAGUUUGGCACCACCACCUUUGGACAAGAACCUAUCUGUAACAGAGAGACUGUAUCACCUGCAGCUGUACCUUCAGAAGAAGCCCAAGCAGGAGCGCUCUCUUGUCAUGUAUAACUUCAUUCAGCACUACAAGACUCUGGUGAUGGCUUGUGGCAUCUCUUUGGAAGGAAGUUUUGAGGACCCAAAGGUGGCAUGUUGGCUGCUUGAUUCCGGCUCUAAGGAACGUACACUUCACAACAUGGUGACUAACUUUCUCCCCAGUGAGCUACCUCUGCUGGAAGGGGUAGGCACUGGCCAAGGUGUGCAGAGCUUGGGGCUCAGUGCCAGUGAAGAUCAUACUGGGCGUUACAGAGCAGCGGUAGAGUCUGUGCUUGUCUUCAAUGUCAUGAACCAACUCCAUUCUGAGUUACAGAAAGAAAAUCUGACAGCCAUAUUUUCUAACGUCGAGAUGCCCACCCAUUAUUGCUUGGCUCUGCUGGAGCUGAAUGGUGUUGGUUUUAGCACUACAGCAUAUGAAACCCAAAAACAGGUUAUGCAAGCUAAACUGAGUGAGAUUGAGACCAAGGCGUAUCAACUGGCAGGCCACAGCUUCUCCUUGACCAGCCCUGAUGACAUUGCAGAGGUUUUGUUCCUGGAGCUGAAGUUGCCACAAAAUGGAGAUGUAAAAGUUCAAGGGAGCAAGAAAACUCUGGGUUACACCAGAAGAGCAACUGCUAAAGGAAGCAGGGUUAGGUUGAGCAAGCAGUUCAGUACAACCAAGGAUAUUUUGGAGAAAUUAAAGAAACUUCACCCAUUGCCAGGGUUGAUACUGGAAUGGAGGAGAAUCAACAACGCCAUUACCAAAGUAGUCUUUCCACUACAGAGAGAAAAACGAUUGAAUUCUGCACUGGGAAUGGAAAGGAUAUAUCCAGUAUCACAGACUCACACAGCUACAGGUCGAAUAGCCUUCACAGAGCCAAAUAUUCAGAAUGUGCCAAGAGAUUUUGAGAUUGAAAUGCCAACUGUGGUUGAAGAAAGCCCACCCUCCCAAGCCCAUGGAAUUCUUAAUUCUCGUGCUGUUUCUGGAGGCAGAUUUAGAAAGCGUUCCAGUAUUUUGCCUAAUGGCCUAAAGGAUCAGGCUGAAGACAGAUCCAAAGAAAGAGGAAUACCUUUUUCUGUUAGCAUGAGGCAUGCUUUUGUUCCCUUCCCAGGAGGCUUAAUCUUGGCUGCUGAUUACUCUCAGCUUGAGCUGAGAAUCCUUGCUCACUUGUCUUGUGACUGUCGACUCAUUCAAGCCUUGAAAGGAGGUACUGAUGUCUUUAAGAGCAUUGCAGCAGAAUGGAAAAUGAUUGAUCCUGAAGCUGUUGGAGAUAGGACCAGACAACAAGCUAAGCAGAUUUGCUAUGGAAUCAUCUAUGGAAUAGGAGCAAAAUCUUUAGGCGAGCAGAUGGGGAUUGAUGAAAGUGAAGCUGCCAAUUACAUUGAGUCCUUCAAAUCAAGAUACACAGGGGUUCAGAAAUUCUUGAGGGAGACAGUGAGGAGCUGCAGGAGAGAUGGGUUUGUGCAGACCAUCCUGGGAAGACGGAGGUACCUGCCAGCUAUCAAAGAUGCAAAUCCCUACAGUAAAGCUCAUGCAGAGCGACAGGCUGUGAACACAACUGUUCAGGGAUCUGCUGCAGACAUUGUCAAAACAGCCACUGUGAACAUUCAGAGACGCCUGGAAGCCUUCUCCUCCGUGAUCAAGUCCCUUGGACAUCUGGAAAGCUCCUUCCAGAGAGAUAAGACUGGAAGACUAACAAGGAAGAGAAACAGUGGGAUGUUACAUCCCAUCAGUGGAGGUUUCUUUAUUCUCCAACUCCACGAUGAGCUCCUUUAUGAGGUUGCAGAAGAUGAUGUCAUCCAGGUCGCUCAGAUUGUCAAGCACGAGAUGGAAAAUGCCAUCAAACUCUCAGUGAAACUGAAUGUUAAAGUGAAAAUUGGACCUAGCUGGGGAGACCUGCAGGACCUGGAGCUCUGA